GAGGCAGGAUGAGGCAGGGCGGGACAGGUGCAGUAGUGAGAGCCUCGACACGUGGGAGAGAGGAAGGACAGGUGUGGGAGAGGCAGCAGAGGCGAGGCAUGGAGCAGCGAUGGGGUGGUUUUUACGGCGGCGGCUCCGGCGGGGACCAGGCAUACCGCUUUCCUUUGGGCCUCAGCGUGAGUCCUUAUGGCCAGCCAGCACCACGUCAGGAUGGCUACGAUGCUUCAGCAGCCUCCUGCAAGUUGUAUGGCGCCCCCCAGGACCACAUGACGCCAAAUCCUUUCAAGGUGGAUUGCGCCAAGGACCAGAAUGGCUAUGGCAUCAGCAAAGACAUGUCGGGAGGCUGGGGCCCCACGGUGCGCCCCGCCUGCACACCCGACCCUGUGGUUGCUCGGGGAUACCCACCUGACCCCAGCACCUCACCGCGGGACCGAUCUUCGCACGUGGGGGCAUGGAACACCUGUGGGAUGACCCCAGUGUCCCAGCCCCACCAGCCUCCCCAGCAGCAGCCUCAGCAGCAGACCAACAACCAGAUGAACCAGCCGCCCUCCAACACAACCUUCUACCCCUGGAUGGCCAUAGCAGGUACUGUACACUCGAGAUAUGCAUGCACAGGAAAGUAAUGUAGGCACCCGGAGGGGUCACAACCUCCUGGACGUCACCGGUGAGUAGAGCUGAGAGCCACGAGCUAUUUUGGGUUGUACAUUAUUAAGCAGAA